AUGUAUACCUUUUUACCCCCGACGGCUGUUUUCCUCGUGUUGUUUAGUGCAUCUUUGACUGUGGCGUUCUCGGAAUCGAGUGUUCGUGCAUCGAAGACUGCGAAAACUCAAUCAGACCGGAAUCCCUUUGAGCUUCGGCUGGACGACCGAAAACGAUUCGUCCAGGAAGGAGACACCCGUCCGUACGGCGGGGGCCAGUAUGAGUACCUCAGUCCUCGGCCCAAGGCUGCCCACGUCAACGAAAAGACAUCGAUCGCCCUUCGUGAGGGGAGGAAGGUUUUGGAUGGUCCCGAGGAGGUGGGUGAGCUGUUUCGUGUUGAAGGAGAGAAGACUGGGACCGUGCACGGCCAAGUGGUACUCGCCCGGGAUGGGAAAACGUUGCUGUUCUAUCCUAGAACACCGCUGGCUCGCGGAGAAGAGGUGACUGUCACCGUACGCAGAGGAUUGAGGGUUGCAUCGCAUGGGCAAUCGAGUGAUGAAGGGGCACUUGAAGUGGGAGGCUAUGAAUGGAGUUUCACCAUUCGGGACGACGAGGAGCGGUCUGAUAUUCUUGCCGAAGACGAAUUCUACAGGUCGCCCGACUGGUUUCAAGGAAGAAACCAGACCAGGAGACAAAUCCUCACAAUUCGGAUGAGAAGCGGCCUCGGACGCUUCCGCAAUGGGGCGUUCAUUGGAAGUCCACUCACCAACAAGAGAAGAACGGCGAGCUGGAAGCCGAUGAAAAAGGGCUCUAUUACUUCGGACGCGCUGUCGGCCUGGCACAGGUGCGAAGAGGCAGAUGUCAAAUCGAACGGUAUGUGCCCUUUCGUUUUCUUAGCUGGUCAUCCUUGAAAGGGAUGGCCAGCGAGUGUGGUGGCACGCGACCAGAAUGGAACGCGCUUCAGACCUGCACGUCCAGGGUAACGGCAACCUGGCGUUUACUUUGGGUGAGGCGGAUGCGGCUUACGAGUUCGACAACCACUACGAACUGGUUCGCAUCAUCGACAGAUGCGCAGCGUAUACAUGCCGAUUGAUCUUGUAGGUCAAGAGGCACAGAGCAGGCAACGGGUAUGUCAUGAAUGUUCACUCCUUUGAGCUCCUAAAGGACGGCAGCAGGUGAGAAACCAAAAACAACCUUUCUUAGUAGGCACCCACCAUGCUUUGUGUAGCAUCUACAACUGCUGGCCAAUUGUCAACAACAUGUGGGAGGAUGUCGUGCAAGUGAAAGACCCAGACGGUUAAGCAGACAUCACUGACAGCUUCUGGGCCAGCAAUUCAUCAGAAUCUCCCCUGGAUCGCCACAUAGGCAACAUCGUGCUUGAGUGGCGAAGCAUUGAUGACUUCCAUGGAGGUAGGGGAGCAUAUUGGUGGCUGAUGAAGAGUGUGUGUGCCUCCCUUUGCCUCACUCGCCAGGUGGUGAUCCAGCUUGGUCCGCACACGAAGACGUGAGAGUACCACAUAGGCGAUAGACGCUUCUUUGAAAUUCCUCCCUGGUCUUCAUUGGUUGUAGCGAUACCACGGGAACAGUGCAGUGGAAACCCCUGGUACAUAAGAGUUCCCGGGAUCAUAUCCACUGCACUGUUCCCGUGCAGAUGGCAACUACCUCAUUUCCCUGCGGACGGCCAACCUAGUUUUCCUCUUGAGUGCUAAGACGCGGUACGCGCGUAGCAGUCAGUAGAGCUGCUUGGUAUUUCCUUUCUGUGUCACUGCGUUCAGCAUCCUGUGGCGGCUGGGAGGCGGCAGUAUAAGGUGUGCCAGAAAAAUACAGAAACACGCAUCUGGAGGAGACUUAUCUCUGUGAUGCAUAGCGAUUUCACAUUCAUCGAUGUCGAUGAGGAGGAGAAGCAGUCACCCGACGACCCGCCAUUCAUAGGCCAACAUUCUCCAUACCAGCUGCCGAAUGGUAAAGGGCGAGAGAGAUAAGGCUGCCCUGAGACACGUCUGUUGUUGAACUUCGCUGUGCAGGCAAUAUUCUCAUGUCAGUAAAGACACAUACGAGGAAAAACAGAAGAGAAAAAGUGAAUGAUUUUUCAGGUACGACAACCAGUUCAGGCAUUGGUCAUGGACUUACCUCCCCGACAGCUCUUUGCCCGGCCGCCACGCGUCGCGCGUGGUUGAGUGGGAGCUCGAUAUUGAGAAAAUGACGGCGACCAACGUGUGGUCGUAUACGCAUCCGAAGAGGUAAGCAAGUAGUGGCGUGGGAGAUCGAAUUGCUUAAGUGCACUAAUCCCUGGCAGGCUCUGGAGCUGGUGCUGUGGGGGUGUCCAUCUGAUCAACACCACUGAAUCUGACGCUCCAAUCCUGGCGAUUGGCUGGGGUGCUACUGAUGUUUUUUACAAUGAGGUGACGUACGAGAGUGAGCCCAAGAUCAUCAGAGAAUUCAGUGGCUUUAGUCCCAAUCGGGUGGGAAAACAGAAUGGGUGUAAUGGUGAAUGACUUGUCUCAUUUGGCGGGCCCUCCUUAGGUCUAUUUGCAGCCUUGGGAAGGCUUCUCCAAUGAUCCACCCCGACUUCUUCUCUGCAGUGACUACGCUAAGGACCCCGACUCCUUUGGUGAGCUGGAUGACUGGACGCUCCACAUGGCGUAUAAUGGCGUGACUGGUGAGCAUGCGUAAUAGCAGAAAGAAGCAAGAAGCUUUCCUCGUUUCGGACAGGAAUACCAAGGUGGCGCGUCCAUGGUGGUCACAUCUUCUGUGUGCAGGAAUAACGAAGUGGCGUGUGUAUGUUGAUACCUCCCCUGAGACCCUUGCCCAGCAGAAAGCAGGGGAAUUUCUCGUGGAAAUUCCCAAACAGGACUUUGAAGAGACGCUGUCGCUGAAGUCUGUGCGACAGCUGAUGGACGUCACAGGCAACAAGAGUAUCGAAUACAGCGGGAAGGAUGCUAUAUGCGCAAGUCGUCCCAGUCAAGGGCAAGGACGAAACCCUCACGCCAUCGAAAACGAUCAAAGGUGCGCUGGGAGCCGGGCGAUCGAUCAAGUAGUGCUUUGGAAACCACGGUUUUGUUUUGCAUACGUCCCUCUCCCUCUGUGCUGCCAUGCGACCAGUGCCUCUGGGUCUCUAUGA